GGCAUGAGGUACCCACUCAACGAUUUUUUAUAUCAGUUUUUUUGUUUUAAAAUUAAACUCCAUUAAAACAUUAUUCAUUUUUGGACAAGGUCUGAGUCGGAUCCUUGUGUCCGGGUAGGUUUGUAUAAACCUAAAAUAUCCAAAAUUUAUGUGUGUUUAUAAUGUCAUCAAAUUAUAUGUAAGAAAAAGUUGAAAUCAAAAUUUGUACAAGUAUGUGGUUUAAACUCUAGUUAAAUAGUAUCAAAAAGGAAAUAAAAAGAACCACUAUGGCAAAUAAUAAACUCAUUUUGAAUUUAUAUCAUAUUUUCUUUAAAAUUAUGAAAAUCAUUGGAGAUGAUUUUAGUACGUCAAAAUUCACGUUCAUGAAAGUAGUAAUGUUUUGAAAGAAAAAUAAAAUACAUAUUGGGAGAUCUCGGGGAUUACAAGAUCGCCCCGAAUAUAUUUGGAUGUAACUAUUAGGAAAUAUAUCAUUAAUGUAUAAGUUAGGUUUCCUAUUCUAUUAUGUAAAAAACUUGCUAGACAAGUUAUGUAAUUUGUAUAAAUAAGUCUAUUGGCUAAGUUAAUAAGAUGAGAGAAACUAUUAUACUACUUAGGUUUCCUCCAAACUUGACAUGGUAUCAGAGCCAAAGAUCCAAUAUCCUAUGGGUUAUGGUUUUGUUAUUCUUUUCUAAAUUAAAAAAAAAAAGAGUUUUCACGUUUGCUUUCAGUUUGGAAUUUUAUCUGUUGAUUCUUUUUCUAUUUGUGACAACGAGUUUGAUUAUCAUAAUUAAGCUUUUUUUGGUUUUCUUCUUCUUAUUCUCUUUUGGUUUUGUUAUUAAAAAAAAAAAAAAAGACGAGAGAACGUGGUCUCAUACUACAAAAGAGGGCUACUUAUAAUUGAUGACACUACGUGAAUUAUGAGCAUGGAUCUUUGAUGGUCGGUUCAUAUUCACAUUUGGAGUUUUACAAAUCUUUAUGACUAUUAAUCUACUACGAAUUUGGUGGUAGUUACGAAGAUGAUUGAUAAUGACUUCAACGGGUAUAUACUGAUCCGAUGGAGUGAUGAAUUGAUGAUGUUGCUGCUGUAGACUUUGAGCAUGAAUCAGAAGGGUUCGUUCAGUUCACUUGGUAGCAUGAGAUUAUGAGAUACACAACUACUAUAGUAUUCUUCAUUGAAUCGAUGAUCGUGGCGAGGUAUAAGCGCUAUUGAUGACCGUGACGAGGUAUAAACGCUACUGAUGGCCUUAUGGUAGGGUAUAAACACCAUGAAGAUGAUUUGAUGAUUGUCCAAUCUCAUACGUGUUACCACGUAUGAGCUUGCGGGAGGGUAUUGAGAGAUCUCGGGGAUUACGAGAUCGCCCCGAAUAUAUUUGGAUGUAACUAUUAGGAAAUAUAUCAUUAAUGUAUAAGUUAGGUUUCCUAUUCUAUUAUGUAAAGAACUUGUUAGACAAGUUAUGUAAUUUGUAUAAAUAAGUCUAUUGGCUAAGUUAAUAAGAUGAGAGAAACUAUUAUACUACUUAGGUUUCCUCCAAACUUGACAAUACAGAAACAAAAAACGAAGACGAAAAACAGUAAAAAGAAGGUAGUGCUUUCGAAAACUCUUCCAUCGAAUAAACGCAAAGGAGUGACAGCCGUUAUUAAUACCGCCUGUCGUACGUUCUUCCACAGACCUAACCACACACACAACACUCUCUCUCUCUUUGCUACCGACUUCCGAGACAAAUAGAGAAUUCUUGUAAAAGCUUUUACCUUUUAGAGGAAAGAACAGUGCAGAUCUUAGAAGGAUCCGAAGACCCACCACCAAAAUAAACCAACUAUAACCAAGUCAAAGUCUUAUUUUUACCCACAAGACAAAAAGUUGAGUUCCAAAAACCCUUUUUAUUCUAUCUUCUCUCUUCUGUCCUUAGAAGAAGUCUCCAGCUUCGUUUGACCUGGACUGUCCCAGUUGUUUUGUUUGUCUUCAUGUUCGUCUGUUUUGUGGCUUCUCUGAGAUGACUUACGUGUUGGUACGUGGAGAGAGACAAAGAAGGAAAAGUAGAAGAUGGGACAUGACCAUCAAAUAUUUCUUCUUCUUCUUGGUUGUCAUGUUUCAGAUAUGCUUGUCCUCAUCAUCAGCUUCUGUUGAUUCUCGUCGCCAUUUCGUCUUCCGGCCGCCGAGAAAGACUCUGGUGUACGCAACGACGCCGUUUCGUGGGCCGUUGAACAGAGAAGAGUACAUUUAUGGAGACGACAAGAGAGUAGUUCACACGGGUCCCAAUCCUCUCCACAACUGAACUAACUUUUACGAGCUAUUAUUAUCCACUACUCUCCGCACCCACCCUACGAAGACUACAAGAAGACGCAAACGCUAGACGCCGAUCAAGACCCAAACCUACCUUAGUGUAAAAUCAAGAAUGUCAUAGAUUUUGUAAGUUAGAAUCCUCUUUUUGUAUGUCAUGGAGCAUAUAACCAUUUUAGCUUUUUGUGUACGGUUAGUUCGGUUAUGUAGAACUCUACUAAUGUUAGUAUUAAGAGUUUAAAGGUUACUCACCACUCA